AUGAGCCACCAUUUGUAUGAUAGCGUGGAGCCCAAUGUUAUAACUGAGGAGAUGCUGUUACUGGCAGUGGAUGAGCAGGGACCCAAAGGGCAGGCUGGCCGCAUUGCCCGGGAAGAAGGGAUCCACUUCCAUGAUGUCAAACAGCUGGAUCUGGACUACAGAAACGUCUGGAAGAUUGAGAAUCUCUGGCAGUUCACCAGUCUGACCAGACUGCAACUGGACAACAACAUGAUUGAGAAGAUAGAAGGACUGGAGUGUCUGGUUCACCUGAUUUGGUUGGACCUCUCUUUUAAUAAGAUUGAGGUGAUUGAGGGCUUGAACAUGCUGGUAAAGUUGGAGGAUCUCAGCUUCUACCACAACCGCAUCUCUAAAAUUGAAAACAUGGACCACCAGAAGAACCUGCAGUUUUUGUCUGUCGGGCACAACAAUGUGGACCAGCUGGAAAGUAUUGUCUACCUGCGGAGACUGAGCAAGCUGGAAACGCUCUGCCUGGCGGGAAAUCCCGUGGAGCAGAUACAGGAUUAUAAACUCUUUGUCGCUGCCUACCUGCCCAAGCUGGUCUAUCUGAACUACAAAUUAUUGGACAGUGAAACCCGCAGACUCGCUAGUGUGGAGUACCAGUAUAUCAUCGAGGAGAUGAAUGAGGACGAGCGCACGUUGAGAAAGAAGCGCACACAGGAGCAGAAAGAAGAUGCCGUGCUGCAGAAGCACAAGGAAGCUUUUGUGGAACAUCUCAAUGGGUCGUUUCUCUUCGACAGUAUGUUUGCAGAAGAUACAGAAGGCAAGAAACUUGUGCAGCUCCCUGACGUGGCCCCACUUCUCGUCACCUUGCAAAGCAAAUUUGUGGAGCUCUGCCAGGAGAUCUUCGACACGGGCCUGAAGGAGCACCUGCGGAGACAAGAGGAGGUGACGGCCUACAACGAAGGAUGGCACGCAGCUGUGAAAAUGAACCAAGAACUUGGAGCCAAGAAGGUGUUCAAGUUUGACAAGCUGAAGGAGCAGUUUCAUAAAGAGGUGCACCAAAUUACGGACAAUCAGAAGUUGAAGAUACGCAUUGCCGAGUACCAGAGUGACAUCGUGGAGCUGCACGACUUCCUGAUGAUGCUGGAGAAGCAGCUGUUAGAACAACUUAAGGACAUAAAUGAAGAAUUUGAAAAGAACAUCACAGAGAUGACUGCAAGCUUCAUUGAAUUUGUUCAGGGCAUAACCGCUCAGCUGCGAGACCUGGAAAAUUACCACCAUGAAAAAGUACUGGAGAGCGCCACCAACACCCUGGAAAGGGCCAAAAGGAAUGAAUUUGAUGAGGAUCUUCCCAAAGAAGUCAGAAUGCUGUUCGUCGAUAAAGACACCAUCAUGAAUGCGGUCAGCAGCUCUCACGACCUUCACCUUCUGAAGAUCGACAACAGAGAGGAUUCUCUCGUCACGAGGGCCAACAAGUGGUGCACAGGUCUCAUCACACAGGUGCAUCGAGAGGAAAAGUCUCGCAAUCGCAACCGUGUGUCGGAGAUUCACCAGUACGUUCAACAUCUGAGGGCAGCGGCAAUAAAAAGGAUAAUGCUCGAGGAGUGACACCUGCAGGGC